AUGGCAGCUCUCGCACGGGAGGGAAAGUCUGUGACGGAGUUGUUUGACGCGCUCUCCGGGUCAAGGAGUACAGUGCAAUCCAAGGACUUCACUGAGUUCUUCCAAGCACUUGAGCCAGAGCUUACGCAGCAGCAGCUCGAGUUGCUAUGGCGUACUUUUGACAAGGAUGGGGACGGCAGCGUUACACGAGAGGAGUUCCAAUUGGGCCUGCAGCCCGGGACUCUCCAGCACGAGGAGCAGAAGGCGCCAGAGGUUUGUGUUCGUAUCGCGUCUGCUCUGUACCGACAAGGCGUUACCGUCCAGCAGCUCUUCCAAGCACUUGCCGGCUCCAAGGAUGUCGUGGUCUGGGCUGAUUUCAGUGCUCGCUUCAAGCAGCUGGAGCCAUCUCUCGCGGAGCAGGAUCUGGAGGUGUUGUGGAAAAACUUCGACAAGGAUGGCGAUGGCAGCAUCACCAAACAGGAGUUUUUCCAGGCUCUGGAGCCUUCAACACGGCUUGUCAUGGCCAAGAUGUCUGACGUCAUAGCUAGACUUGCGCUGGCCCUGCAACGGGAAAGCAAAAGCGUCGAUCAACUGUUCGCAGCCUUGGCAAGCGACCAGGGCACAGUGGCGUGGACCGCCUUCUGCUCGAUGUUCCAGCAGUGGGAGCCUUCUCUUACGGAAGAUGACUUGCAUGGCCUUUGGCGAAGCUUUGACAAGGACGGCGACGGAAGCGUUUCAAGGGAAGAGUUUAUCGGCGCCCUCAAGCCAGCCACAGAAGCUGCGCAAGCGCAAAGUGAAGAGGUGUGCCGCCGGGUGGCGUCCAUGCUUUUCCAGAAUGGCAAGAGCGUGAUCCAGCUCUUUGAUGCCCUGGCGGGCGGGAAGGCUGUGGUGGUGUUCGACGACUUCCGCUCACUGUUUCAACAGCUGGAGCCAUCGCUGACCUUGCAAGAUAUGCAAGUCCUUUGGAGGGCCUUCGACAAGGACCAAGAUGGGACCGUCACCCGCGAAGAGUUUGUCAAGGCCCUGGCGCCCACCAUGCAGGUCCCUGAAGCAUCCUCGGACCUGUCCGCUGCACUGUGGGCCGCCAUAUCGGAGGCACCUGCUACUGUUGGCACCGGAGCCUUGGCUUUGCGGCACGGCGUCCGAUUGGGCCGCCAGGUUGCUUCGCUUGGGCCUCUGUGGCGCGGCGAGUUCACGCGGCCAAGCGUGUUUGGGAGUCCGAAGAGGGGUACAGCGACCUCACUGGCUCGAUACUUCGGAGCACCCCUUGAGGACUUCAUUCGAAAGCACUUCGGCGGAGAAGAGUCCGAAGCUGGAAGCGACGAGGACGCCUUGGCGAGCGUCUCCCUCGACGCGGUCCUCCUGAACCUCAGGAAGCUCGACAGGGUCGCCGUGGAGAGCAAGCGCGGAACCUUCUUCGAAGAGCUUGGCUACGACGACGAGUCCGAAUGGCCGGAGGAGGAAGAGGGCGAAGACUACUUUCCCACUUUCGAGCCAGAGCUUGAGGGCGCCUCGGCGGAAGACGGAUCGGACAUUGGGCGAAAGAAUGCCCGGCCAACACUGCUUCCCGCCAACCGAGCUCUUCGACAAGUUCGUCGGCGGCUCCUUCUACCGCGUCAUCACAUGGCGAGGGCGGCUCAGAAAGAGUUCAUCGAGAUUAACACGUCCGAGGCGGCGAAGACUGCCUUGCGAAGCAGGUCCAGUCAUGCCACCAGGCACUUAGCAGACCGAGGGCGAAGUUCGAGAAGCACGACUUCGACCCGAGUGCCAGCAGCCAAUGCAAAUGCGAAUCUUGACGGAGUUUGGCAUCCCGGGAAAAGGACAAGCUCGGCCUUUGGGCCGCAGAGGCCCCGCGUUGAGGACAACUCGGUCAAUCCUUAUCACAGAGCACCUCUGGAAGAUAAUGGGGUCAACCAAUAUCUUACCGAGUACGAGCUCUUCGUCGGCGAGCAGGAGGAGCGGUGCGUUCCCCGGAACUACGGGAUCGCGAGACCGCGCGACAUCGUGAUCAUUGGGAGGUCAUCGGCUGCAAGGGAGUUCUUCGACGGCGUCAUGUCAAGUGGAGACCCCGAAAGUCUCGCAGUCAGCCAGGAGACUUUCCUCGGGAAGAAGCUGGGCUCGGACGAAGUCGAUCUCAGCUAG